GCUGAAGAGGACUGGUGUGUUCAGCUGAAGACUCUUGGGUCUCCAUGGCUCCUGACUGGAGGCCUUUAUGCUGCACAGUAGUAUCAGUCAUCACUGAGCUCGUGCACUGGUCUGGGGAAGUGACUUUGAGCUUGUUGUGUCUCCUCGGCCCCACGCUGCGCUGUUUUCCAUACGGGGCGGGGUGACGCGCGGUCCGGCGCACAGAGCAGAGCGCACCGUCACCAGCCGCUCUCCCUGCACCGACUGACUGAACAACAUGGGUCUGGAAAAGGAGAAACUGGACACCAGCAUAAUUAUGGACGAAGAUGAGUUCAACAGAUCGAUAGAACCGAUCCUGUCGAAGAAGGGGAAAGUUUACACAGCGGAGCCGGACCGAGAUCCAAACGACAUCAACGCGCACUUGAAGCUCGGCUUUGAAGAUGUCAUCGCCGAGCCCAUCUCCGCACACAGCUUCGACAGAGUGUGGAUAGGAAGCCACGCUGUCUUCGAGCUGGUCAAAUUCAUCUUCUACCGGCUGCUGAGCACGCUGCUGGCCGUGCCCAUGGCUUUCGUCCUCGGCGUGGUGUUCGGGGUGCUCAGCUGCAUUCACAUCUGGUUGGUGAUGCCAGUGAUCCAGUGCUUCUUGAUGCUCUUACCCUCAAUUCAGGUGGUGUGGAGGAGUCUGACAGACAUGUUCAUAACGCCACUAUUCCACAGUAUGGGGAAAAUCCUGUCCUCUGUUCAAGUGAAGACCAUCGAGAACUGAUACAGACCGCUUUUCUGUCCCCUUGGAGGAAGAAAUGUAGGACGGAAGAAAAUGCAACAAGAGGCAUGGAUAUGAUCAUUUGCAGGGAAAAGACAUCUUGAAAGCAGAGCUACAGUAGGGGAAAAGUGAAGGACCUAUAAAUAUGUGCAUAACCUAUAUUUCAAUGCUUUGGUGAAAGAAACACAGCCAUUACAUUGGAUCCUUUAAUCAAAUUUACCCCCAUCUCAACUCGGGUGACUAAAUUUCUUUUCACUUGCAAAUCAACACAUCCAUGCCAUCCGUUAAUGCAUCCUUUUGUUACUGACAUCGUUAUUAGCAGUGAAUGGUUUGAUACUAUUUAGGACUGAUUACUAUGAACAUAAUGAAAACUUGUCAUUCCAAUAUUUUGUGGCUGAGAGAUGUAGACUCAGUCGUUAAUAAGGCAAACGUACUGCUGACUUGCUGAAAGAUGUAAAAUUUCUGCUUUUUUUUAUAUAUAUUGUAUAUAUUGCUAAACCUUCAGCUACAAGAUGAAUGUAAUGAGUAGAUAGUGAUGCAGUAUGACUUCUAAAUGCUAAGAUGCAGCUUGUUGCACAUUUUCAAGCUUAUUUACUGUAACCGCUGUGCAGAUUUCACAGUGCUAUGGCAAGACUAUUGAGCAUUUGCUUUUUAUAUAGACCUGAAAUAUGAGUUGUUUGAAAUGUUAUUGAACUAAAAGUGUAUUCCAUUUUAUCAGGAGGUUGGGCUUUCUAAUUAAUUAUUUUUGUAGCAUCUGAUUCUUGAUUGGAAGACAUGGAUAUUUGACUUUCUCUGACAGUAGUAGGUUGAGCCUACCACACUUUGUACUGUAUUGGUUAAAGCUUUGGUUGAGCUGCGACUCCAGUACAUGCAUAUUUAAGUUAAAGGUGCUUGUGUUUGCUACAGCACUGCUAGUCAGUUGAUUGGGCUUUGACGACUUCUACAGCCAGAAAGAAUCAGACAAAAACAUAAGCUUGAACCUUUUAUUGCGGUGGAUUUUACAAAGUCGAGCAUAAGGUACAACCCUUGCAGAGAUUUCAGCUUUUCUUCUGUUCAGUCAAGUUUUAAGAAGUGAAAACCAAACUAAAUAAACAUAAAAAAUGUUCACAAGCGGUUGCUUAUCAUAACAUCCAGCAGACACUCAUAACAUUAGCUGUCAUUACCGCCAUUCUUUCACUUCUUAGAAAAACCUUUCGAUGCUUAGCUACCACAUGUGCCACCUUAAUUAGCAGGUAGCUGUCAACCUCUGAGAACAGCAGCCUGCUGGCUCUUUGAACAGGGUUGAUGAUGCUAGUCAACCAUAUACCAAAAGUGCAGUGAACUGAAACCAGUUGAGUUGCAGCUUUGGCUGAUGAGCGGCAAUAAUUUAAAUCAAAUGUGUUUUCAUUUGGAGUUAUGUGUCGUUCAAGCCAAGUCCAUUAGGAUGGAGGUUAGAGUUAUGGAUAGGUCAAACAAACACGUCCCUUGUGACUAGGAGACAAGAGGCUGAUUAAAGACCAAACGUCAAAACCCAUUUAAGUUAUGUUAAAAACAGACCUUGACUUUACUCUUUCUUAGAACUGCUGUGUUCUGUAUUCAUUUCCAAACCUAAGAAAGUUGUUUUGGUGCCAAAAUAUGAACAAAGUGCAACCAUUUUUUCCUUUUAAAAUAUUUAUUCUAGAGGAUACGUAUUAACCAGGGAGGGACAUAGGGGAAUGACAUGCAGGAAAGGAGCCAAGGUGGAACCUAGGCCGCAACCUAAAUGCUAGGCCUUCUGCGCCCCCAAAGUGCAACCAUUUUUGUUAGAUUCAGGCACCACUUUGAUUAGGAAAGGGUCUGAUUUUGGGCUGAUCUCUGACAAACUGACAGCCAACAUGCUUGUGUUUUAAUUGUCAGGGGAAAUUCAAAGUUAGGGUUGUGCAGUAGUGGAGGACACAGGUGCAUGAGUAACUUUUUCACCCCCCUUAGCAUUGACAUGUUGCAAUAAUCAACCCCAGCUCCACCCAGAUAUUAGUUCAAAAGUUAUAAACCCACUUCAAACAAAUAAAUCAUAAUGUGAGAUGCAUCUGUUAGUAGAUUUUCACUCUGUUUUUUCAUAUUAUCAUAUUUUAAUCUUUGCAUUAAUAAGCCAAAUAUGCCCUUCAUGACCAAAUAAAGAGAUGUUUUCUGCAAAGUUA